AUGACUCCCCGCUGCUGCACCCUGGCUGUGUCGGCCGCCCUCUGCCUCCUCACGGUCCUCUGCUCCCACGGAGCCCCAGUAUCCCCUACGGGGGCUCGCCGGAUAGUGUGUGAGCUGUACGGGAGGUGCGGGGAUGAGCUCUACGAUCCCGCACACUACUGCUGCCACGACCAGGCUGUGGUGCCCCUGGCCAGGAUGCACGGGUGCGGCAACUGUACCUACAGGGUGUGCUUCGAGCAGUGCUGCCCCUUGUCACUGACGGUGAAACUCAGAGACCAGGACUGCUCGGCGGCCGCGGGCCCUGGGGACCGGCUGUGUCACAGGUGA